AGACAGACACAACAUGAUCAAGCCAUGGCCAGCCUGUGGAUCCUCUCCUGCCUUGCCUUUGUUGGGGCCGCCUAUGGUUGCGGCACUCCCGCCAUCUCUCCCGUCAUCACCGGUUACUCUCGUAUUGUGAACGGUGAGGAGGCUGUGCCUCACUCUUGGCCCUGGCAGGUGUCCCUUCAGGAUUAUACUGGCUUCCACUUCUGUGGCGGCUCUCUCAUCAGUGAGAACUGGGUGGUGACAGCUGCUCACUGCAACGUUAGGACGUCCCACCAGGUGAUCCUCGGAGAACAUGACCGCUCCUCCAAAGCUGAAGAUAUCCAGGUCAUGAAGGUUGACAAGGUGUUCAAGAACCCCCGUUUCAAUGGCUUCACCAUUAGCCAUGAUAUCCUGCUCAUCAAGCUCGCCAGCCCCGCCCAGCUCAACAUGCGUGUUUCCCCCGUGUGUCUGGCCGAGACCGGUGACGACUUCCCCGGAGGCACGAAGUGUGUGACCACUGGUUGGGGCCUGACUCGCUACAAUGCUCCUGACACCCCUGUCCUGCUACAGCAGGCCUCCCUCCCCCUGCUGACCAAUGAGGAGUGCCGUAAUUACUGGGGCAGCAAAAUCUCAGCCACAAUGAUCUGCGCUGGAGCUGAUGGAGCCUCCUCCUGCAUGGGUGAUUCCGGUGGCCCUCUGGUCUGUCAGAAAUCUGGAGCCUGGACUCUGGUCGGAAUCGUGUCCUGGGGCAGUGGAACCUGCACUCCCACAUUACCUGGUGUGUAUGCCCGUGUCACCGAGCUCCGUGCCUGGGUGGAUGAGACCAUCGCUGCUAACUGAAGUGCUAAUGUCAGUCUAGACAGUUUCAUGAUGAUCAUCAAUAAAACAAAACAAAGAAUCUCUUAAACA